AUGACGGUCGUCACAAGAGGCGGAAGCGCAAGCUCCUCUGCCCCUCCACCUCCCCCACCCCAUCGAACCAGCGACUACAACCUCGACAGCGUCGACAGCCAAGAGGUUCCCGACGCCCUUGUAUCCGAUGGCUUCAGUCUGCCUUCCCUCGAAGCCGACAAUGAGGCCCCUCCGGCUUAUGGCGAGCUCCAUGACCAGCUUCACUUCUCCCACUCCGGGGUGGAGGCCGGUGCCAACGUCACAGGCGAUGGUCGAGUAAAUAUCAACAUUAACCAGAGCGGCAACCGUCUUGCUGAGAUACUUGCCCCGACGAUCGCGCGAAGCCAGCUCCUCGCCGACAAGCAAUCCCAAGCGCCUCUUCCACCUGCCUACAUCCCGCCGUCCCUUGGCGGCCAGCCGGGCCAGACCCCUCCGCCGCAGCUCAACGUCGUCAUACAGAUCGUCGGCUCGCGCGGUGAUGUUCAACCCUUCGUUGCCCUGGGUAAAGUCUUGAAGGAAACAUACGGUCACCGCGUUCGCAUAGCCACGCAUGCUACCUUUCAAAAGUUCGUCGAAGAGAAUGGCCUCGAGUUCUUUAGCAUUGGUGGUGAUCCCGCCGAACUCAUGGCCUUCAUGGUCAAGAAUCCCGGGCUGAUGCCGGGAUUUGACGCGCUCAAGAGCGGUGAGGUUAGCAAGCGUCGAAGAGGCAUGGAGGAGAUCCUUCUCGGAUGCUGGCGCUCAUGUAUCGAGGCUGGCAACGGGUUGGGCCCCCCGCCAAAGCCACAUAGUAAAGACGCGCCACUGGAUGAGGCCAUGGGUCUACCUGGGGACCCUUCGCAGAAGCCGUUUGUGGCGGAUGCGAUUAUUGCAAACCCCCCGAGUUUUGCGCAUAUCCACAUUGCCGAGAAGAUGGGCGUCCCAUUACAUCUCAUGUUCACCAUGCCAUGGACGCCUACGCGCGCUUUCCCCCACCCUCUGGCAAACAUUCAGUCGUCCAACACCGACAUGGUCAUGACCAACUACGUCUCAUACGCCUUGGUUGAAAUGAUGACAUGGCAGGGUUUGGGAGAUGUCAUCAACCGGUUCAGAGAAAAGGCGUUGGAUCUGGAACCCAUGUCUUUGAUAUGGGCACCAGGUGUCUUGACCAGACUGCGGAUUCCGUAUACCUAUUGCUGGUCACCGGCACUUAUCCCCAAGCCAAACGACUGGGGGCGUGAGAUUGACAUCUCUGGAUUCUACUUUUUGAACUUGGCUUCGGCCUUUACUCCGGACCCGGAUUUGGCUGCCUUCUUGGCUGCCGGCCCACCUCCGGUUUACAUCGGGUUUGGGUCUAUUGUCGUGGAUGACCCGAACGCUCUCACCAGAAUGAUUUUCGACGCUGUUCACCUCACAGGAGUACGUGCCCUGGUAUCAAAAGGCUGGGGCGGUCUCGGAGCUGAAGAUGUCGGGCUUCCCGAGGGAGUUUUUAUGUUGGGCAACGUGCCACACGAUUGGCUGUUCAAACACGUGUCUGCCGUCUGCCACCACGGUGGCGCUGGCACCACUGCAGCCGGUAUACAGGCUGGCAAGCCUACCAUUAUCGUACCGUUCUUUGGAGACCAGCCUUUCUGGGGCGCCAUGGUCGCCAGGGCUGGUGCUGGGCCAGACCCCAUCCCCUUCAAGCAGCUCACCGGGGAAAAACUCGCCGAGGCCAUCCGGUUUGCGAUAAAGCCUGAGACGCAGACCAGAGCGCAGGAACUUGGUGACAGGAUCCGAGAGGAGAAAGGAACAGAUAUUGGCGGGAAGAGCUUCCAUGACCACUUGGAUACCGAUGCCCUCCGAUGUUCCAUUGAACCCAGCCGGGCAGCCGCCUGGAGAGUCAGACGUACCAAAGUCCGCUUGAGUCCAAUGGCCGCUGCGGUCUUGGUUGAUAAGGGAUUGAUUAAAUACUCCGACUUGAAGCUCUACCGCGCCAAGGAGUACAUCACAGAUGGCCAGCCGUGGGACCCCAUUUCAGCCGUUGCUUCGUCUUUAGCCGCAGACCUCGGCAACAUUGGUAUGGCCGUAGCUGACUUUCCUCGCGAGCUGUUCAAGAGCCGUAGUAAAGGGGAUAAGACACCGGAGCCCCCUGAAAUCCCCUUCAAAGAAGGAUCGAUGUCUCGUACGAGCCUUAACCAGGGAAGCGAUAAGGCUUCGGCUGCAACUCCCAGUGUGCAUGCGUCUGAUUCAUCGACGCAGUUAGGCGUUAUUGAGAUGGAGGGUUCAACUCCAACAUUGCCUCUGUCACCCCUUGCCACCGCAUCAUCCGUAACACCCUCCCACACACCGUCGGCCACCCCAUCCAUGGUUUUCAGCGCUCCAGACUCUGCGUCUGUUGCCCCAAGUGAAACAACCACGUCGGAGCAGCGGCCACCAAAUAGCCCAGGAAAACGGUCCUCUUUCAUAAGGGAAUCCUCGCCGGUGGCCGUGGGUAUGGACACAGCCGUAGCGGCUGGAACAAGUGUUAGCCGCAUUGUAAGCACCGGUGUCAAGACGCCGAUGAACGUGUGUCUUGGUCUGGCCAGAGGUUUCCGAAACGCUCCAAGACUAUACAACGACGAUAUGGUCCGACCUCAAGAAAAGGUCACCGACUUUUCAACUGGCCUCAAAGUUGCCGGAAAGGAGUUUGCAUUUGGCAUGUUUGACGGUAUCGGUGGACUGGUCAUGCAACCGCUUAAGGGUGCCGAGAAGGAAGGUGGAAUGGGCCUCAUCAAAGGCUUUGGAAAGGGUAUUGGCGGUCUUAUUUUCAAGCCCGCGUCUGCCGUGUGGUCCAUACCUGCGUACACCAUGCAAGGUUUCCAUGCGACUCUGCGUAACGCCUUUGCAACCAGCGUUCAGAAUUACAUCAUCGCAUCUCGUAUGAAGCAGGGACAGUUGGACAUGCGCGCCGCCAGCAAUGCCGAAUGCGAGGAUGUCGUCAAGCGAUGGAACAAUGUGAAGUUCGACUUGAAGAACUUUCAGGCGAUGAAACUCAAGGAACAGCGCGAGAAGAUGAAGGGCAGUGACAGUUCUGUACCGGCAGAGCUUCCUGACACUGGGCUUUCGCCUCCAGUCACAGGCUGGGCGCACACGAAACACUUGUCGUUCGAAGAGCGGAAGAGGCUCCACGCUCGAAAAGAGGCUUGGAAGAAGGGCCAUGUGGAGACCAUCGUACCGGAGCUGGAGGGGGAUACGGUGCCGUCCAGGAGCAGCGUAAGUACCAGUGUUGCCGAGGAUGAGGAGUUUGAGCGCGCCAUCCGGGCGUCUGUCGCAGAGACUUCGCGCGGCAACGCGGAUGAAGACGCGGCCGUUGAGCAGGCCAUUAGGGCAAGCGUCAACCACAUCCGCAGCAGCGGCCAGCCACUACCAGAUGCUCGACCGCAAGCCUCUCACUCUCUGGACGAGAAGAACCCGGAUCUUUUCAAGAACGCCGACUUGGAAAUCACAGACGAAGAAUACCAGAGCCUCAUCGAGCAAGCCAUACAGCAAAGCAUGGCAGCACAUGCCGUGGGAGCACAGCAGGGACAAGGAUACCACGAGGAUGACGAGGAGUUCCGGAAGGCCCUGGAAGAAUCGAAGGCUGCCCCGCCACCCCAGUACGAAGAUGACGAGGAGCUGAAGCGAGCUCUUGAGGAAUCAAAGAUGCAUCACGGCGAGGAAGCAACGAACGAAGACGAGGAACUCAGGAGAGCGAUCGAGGCGUCUGAGGCUGCACACAAGGAUCAGAUGAAUCGGGACGCCGCGGCGCGGACAGAGGAAGACAUUGUGAUGGAAUACGUCAAGAAGCAGAGCCUGGCGGAGGAAGAGUUCCGACGCACUGCUUCCAAGGGCAAGGAGCGCGAGGGAGGAGAUGAAGACGACGAGGAUCUGAAGAGGGCAAUGGAAGAGAGCCUGCAGAUGAGUGGGAAACCGGGACAGUCGAGCUCUUGGCAAUGA